AUGCCGGGACACAGGUGCAUCGUACCAGGAUGUAAAUCUGGUUACGACUCCUGUGUCAAUAAAUACCAUUUUUUCACUGUCCCAAAAGAUCUGGCUAAACUUGAACUAUGGAAAAAAGCUAUACCGAGGAAAGAAUUUGUAUUUAAACCAAGGCAAGUGCAUAGCGAAGAAAUAAUUGCUUUUGCAAUUAGAUAUUAUAUUAAUAUGAGAAUGCGGCAAUUUUCCCAAAAAUGUAAUGCUGAAACAAAAAAAGAAAACAUGAUAAAGAAAAAGGUUUCAAAAUUUACUUUAAGUUAG